CGCCGCAGUUUCCAGGCUCAGCGGGCGGCAAAAGCGCCGGAUAGCCGCGGUCUCUCUGCGUCCCCUCUCAGGGCCGUGCCGAGGGCGGCCACCGGCCCUAUCCGCUCCGUUCCCUCGGGUCCACCCUAGGCUGGUGCCUCCGGCGCCGGCGAAUCUGCCGCGCCAGUCCCACCGCUAGCGCGGUUUGGGCGGUUGUCAGGGAGAAGCAAGAUGGCGGCCGCGGCGGCGGAGGAGGACACGGAGCUGCGGGACCUGCUGGUGCAGACGCUGGAGAGCAGCGGAGUACUCAAUAAGAUUAAGGCAGAGUUACGAGCAGCUGUGUUUUUGGCAUUAGAAGAACAAGAGAAAGUAGAGAACAAAGCACCUCUGGUAAAUGAAAGCUUGAAAAGUUUUUUAGGUACAAAGGAUGGUCGCUUGGUAGCAGGUCUUGUUGCAGAAUUUCUACGGUUUUUCAAUCUUGAUUUUACUUUAGCUGUUUUUCAGCCUGAAUCAAGCACACUAAAUGGCCUUGAUGGUCGAGAAAACUUAGCUCGAGAUUUGGGAAUUACAGAAGCAGAAGGUACUUUGGGUGGCCCCCUGUUGCUGGAGGUUGUUAGGAAGUGUCAGCAGAAAAAGACUUCAGGUGGUGGAGAAGUGGCUCCAGUUCUAAGUGACAGCCAGUGCCCCACGUCAAAAUCAUCUGAUGGACGGUCAAGUGCACAAUCUAUACCAAAUAAAGCGGCUGAAAACACUCAGAGUGAUACAAGUGUCUCAUCAGGGGAAGCAAGCAAAAGAAGUAUUGAUUUUCUGCCUAAUGAAAUAAAACUAGAUCCUCAACUAGAAAACAAAGACUUGAAUACCAAAGAAAAAAGUGAUCCAGUUAUGGAUGAAGAUGAUGUAGUGGGAGAUUCUUUCUUUGAUGACCCUGUACCCAAACCAGAAAGAACUUACGGCUGGAAAACUGAGGCUAAUAAAGCAGGUGGUCUAGCAUCCCUUUCUGAUGCACCGGCUCUAAAAAGUGGGUUAAGCUCUCUGACUGGUGCACCUUUGCUAAAGGAGUCUGAUAAUUUGGAUAGAAACUCUGUUUUAAAAGACCUGCGGUUGGUGAAUGCAAAGCUAGGAUCACUAGAAUUAGGAAAUGGAGAUGAUGAUGAAUAUGCUGAUGAUUUCAACAGUACAAGUCAUCGCUCGGAAAAAAGUGACAUCAGUAUCGGUGAAGAAAUAGAUGAAAUUUCUGUGGGAACAGAAGAGUCAAAUGCCAGUGAUAAACUCGAAAGCAUCACACAAGACCUUACCAUUUCUCAGUUAAGAGACGUUGCAGAUUAUCUAGAGGACGUGGCAUAGAAUUGGACAGCAAAAAUCUAUCAUUGUGCUGGACUAGAAGACUGCUGUGGACUAUUAAUUUCAGACAAUCACCUUUUGCUGGAAUGUCCGCUCCCUCUUUGUGCCUUGUGUUUUAAAAAUACUGUAGGUGAAGAAGAUUUUUAAAUAUUCUGAACAAGAACUAGACUAAAUAGUGUGUUCCCAUUUGAGUCUGAUAUCAGAAUUACUUUCUUCAUUUGAUUCAGCCAAACCUUUCACAGAAGGAGGUGGAUUUUCCAAGCUGAAUGUCAAUUGCUGGCAGUGGACAUAAUAAAAACCAAUUGGUAAGAGAACAUUGAGAAAGCAGCAUGUGGCUUUAUCGUGAACUUGCACUGUUAUUUUAACGGUCAGAUUUUUUUUAAAGAUAACCAAAGCAAGAACCUUCGAAGGUAGUGGUUCAACUCAUACUUCUUUUAACACAACCUUGUCAAGUCAGCAUGUAGUCCAUAUUUAUGGUAACUCUAGCCAAAAUACCUAAUUACUCCAGACUUACUUGAAACUGCUCUUUUACAGACUCCUCUGAAAAUUGGACUUUACCUUUUUAAAAAGGAUCUUAAAUUGAGAGUAUCUAAACUCUUAAACCUAAAUUUCGCUAUAUUUAGGAACUAAAUUUAGCACUAGUCUUAAGCCAGAAUAUUCUUGUUUAAAUAUGUUUGUCAAACCAUUGAUGUUAAGACCUAAGCUGUUUCUAUAUAUGAUAAUUUUUUCAAUGUUAUCUGUUGUUAAAUCAUGAAAAGUAAUUUUGUAAUGAUUCACAAAUCAGUAACUAAAUCUUAUGGGGUAAGUUUUUAACAGUGUGUAAUACUUAGUGGAGCGUUUAUUUUUGAGGGUUCUUCAUGUGCUGUAAGAUCACUUUCAUUCUUGGAAAUAUUUUAAGUAAAAAUGAGCGCCAAAAAGUGAAACUGCUAAACUUCUGCUUCUCAGAUUCUGACUGCUGUACAAAGUUCAAUGCAAAUAUUUAAAAAUACUGAAGACAUUAUGGACACUAACUGCUAGCUAGGAGCAAAUUCUUGUAUUUUCAUGAUGCUCUUGCAGAACAGGGUCAGUCGUGGCAAGGUUGACAGUUCUUCAGUGAUACUGUUGCAAGUGGCACUGCUGUAAUGUGUAGGUCAUUUGUAAUGGACAAAUUUGGACACUUGUAAUACUGAAACAAGACUUCAAAAUGUGCACUUUCUGAACAUUGUGAACACAUCUGGAUAACAGACAUAUAAGUGAAUAUAAAUAAUUUUAUUUUUAUCUUCAUUUUCUUUUUUUGAGGAUUUGUAAUUUUCUUUUUCAGGAGCACUAUUGGCCUGUUAUCAGUAGUCACCAUAAUGGAAGUAGCAUGCUAAACUAAAGCCAUUGGUUAAGCAUAUAAAGAUACUACUGUCGCUAGAAGCUGACUUAAAUAUUUUUUUGCACUGGUCCAGCAGGCCUGGAGCAGUGCUGGGAAGUUAGGCUUGUACAUUACAUGAAUGAUUUGAGAGGAGACAGCAAAAGUGUGCCUUUUAUUUAUGUGCACCCCAAAAAUAGCCAGCAAAAAAGCAUCAGAGUAUUUAGUUAUGCUGUUAACUUUUAACUUUGUGCCAUAUUGUAGUAGCUGAACACAGAGGAGAAUUUUUUUCACCCUAGGAAGUCAAUGUGCCAUAACUUCAAAUAGGAACAAUGCUGUAACAUAUGAUAUAGCAUGUGUAAAAAAUUUGUCUGUGCCUCAAGAUAAUGUAUAUGGAAAAGUUUGGAUUGGACUUUUUUCCAUUCUUUUUUCCUUUAUUUUUUCUUAAGAAUAGUAUCAGCAUGUCUGAAGGAAAUAAAAUUUCACAUGAACAGUUGCUUUUGGCAUGCCUUUUUAAGGUGUAUGGAAUAAUGCAGAGGCAGUGUUGUUUGCUUUCUUACAUGCCUUGGGAAAACAUGAUGUUCCAUUACCUGUUAGCUGUAGGAUAUGUGGUGAUUUAUCGUACCAAAAGAAACCAAAAGUUUAUUAAAAUACUUCUAAUUGCA